AUGGGACACAAGGAGCAUGGAGGGACUUGGCACAUGGAAGCAGCUCAACUGGAUACGCAAAGGAAGAAGGGAGAAGCCAUCUUGAAGACCAGCUCGACCGUCCACUCGACCAACUCGACCGGCCAAGCUUCAACUCGAUCGAGCUGGGGAGUCAAAAGAUCUAAUCUCAUCUUUGUGUUCUUGAAGCUCUUGCUUCUUGAAUCCUAG